AUGAGGAAGAGGAGAUGGUUAGAGCAUAUUAAGGAUUACGAUCGCACUAUCAGCUACCACCCAGGGAAAGCAAAUGUAGUGACUGAUGCUCUAAGCCAGAAAUCAAUGGGAGCAGCAUUGUCAGUAGUGACAAUCCAGCAUCCGAUCCAGAUGGAUUUGGAGAGGUUUGGUAUGGAGCUAGUAGAGGAUGAUCACAAGGGAGAGCAGUUUGGUAUUUCAGAUGAUUCAGAUGAUGGAGCUUUAAGGUUCCAUACCAUAUUGUGCGUACCUGUAGAUGCUGAGAUUAAGAAAAUUGUCCUAGAGGAGGCGCAUAGAUCCCUUUACACAGUGCAUGCUGGCAGUAUUAAGAUGUAUUGGGACCUCCAAGAGUCAUUUUGGUGGAGCGGCAUGAAAAGGGCGAUGACCAAGUUUGUGAAGCAGUGUUUGACGUGCUAG